GGAACUGUGUCACUCACUCUCAGUAAAGCCAAACACACACACAGAAAGAUACCUGGAGUCCUAGUGAUCAAGUUUUUUUCUGCGUUAGCCUCUCUGCUUCAGAGCUGAUCAAGGUGUACAGCAGCAGAGAUUUACUUUGGCUACAAGGACAGAAGACUCACACACACAGAGACACACACUACACAUACAGUCAUUUUUGAGCUGCUCACCUCCUCUUGCACUUUUUGAGAGUUUCCUGCUGUUUUGCUCUGGUGGACAGCCAGCGAUGUCGUGGGAUUGUGGCCUAAGGUACAUGUUCUCUGUGCCCCCCGUGCUGCAGCCGGGGAGCAUGUGCAUCCUUCAUGACAAGGAGGACCUGUCUAGAUUGGAGAUGGUCCAGAGACUGGCCAAGGAUGGCUGCCGCUUCCUGCAGAACCACAGCAAGGGCCCGGAGAGGACAUGCGAGCCCCAGAGUGACGAGGCAGUCCGUGUGUGUCUGCGGGAGAGGGGCCACGAUGUGCUCGUUCUCCAGAGAGUGUCGUCAGAGCGGCCAGCCCUCUCCGCAUCGGCGAGGGCUGGAGGGAGGGAGGAGGCGAGGAACAGGAGGUUCAUGGUGGUAUCAGGGACCCCGGAGAAGAUCCUGGAGCACUUGCUGAAUGAUCUAACACUGGACGAUGACCAGGGGACGACACAGGUCAAAGAGUCAGACACACUUCUGGAUGACCUUCUGCUGACCUACCCAGUGUUCAUGUCAACCAGUGAUUUAUGUCAAGCUCUGCUGGGACACUAUUGCACCAAGAAAUGCAGAGGGAAAGAGGACAGGAAGGAGGCGCUGGAGAGGAAACGAAAAGUCCUGCACCUGGCGUCGCAGUGGAUGUCUCUCUGCAAAGACUUCCUGAGAGACGACGAGCACGUCAAACUCUUCAUGAAGACUUUGUGCCGUUACGUGUUGGACGACCUCUACGAGCACCCAGCCCUGGAGACAGAUGUGAUGGAGCUGCAGAAACUCUACCAGUUGCAUCGCAGACAUACGGUAGAUGAAUAUUCACCGCAGAGAAAGAGCAAAGCACUUUUCCACCAAUUGAGCCUGAAAGAGAACGGGCUCCAGUCCAGAAGCAUACAGAGGGAGACCAAGGAUGUGCUGUGUCAUGUGUACAUCACUAUGGACUCGUACCUGAGCACGAAGGCCCAUGCUGGAGUAGUGGCCGAGGAGCUGCUGCAGGCGCUGGCAGAGAGGAUGGAUGUCCCCCAGGGGGAACUAGUACUUGUAGCUGUGACUUAUACUGGAGGUCGACUCCUCCUGCAGCCUCAGGACCGAGUUUUCUCUGAUUCUCUACGGCCGGUGGGGAGGUUGCACAUAUGCAGGAAGGACCUGGGAGAAGUUCAGUAUCCAUUCACAGACAACUCAGAGCUGCAGCAGAGGACGGCUCGCAUGUUCACGUUAAACACAUGGGACGUGGCCGUCGCUCUGACCAACUUCGACUGGUCCAUCUUUGACUCAAUACAUGAGCAAGAACUGGUCUACUUCACCUUCAGCCGCCAUGCCAGCAGUCACCACACUGUGGCGUUAGAGCUGCUGCUGCAGCGCUGCAAUGAGGUCCAGCUGUGGGUGGUCACUGAGGUGCUGCUGUGCCAGACGCUCUGCAAGAGGGUCCAACUCAUCAAGAAGUUCAUCAAGAUCGCCGCCCACUGUAAAGCACAGAAGAACCUCAACUGUUUCUUCGCCAUUAUAAUGGGCCUGAACGCUGCAGCGGUCGGCCGCCUCAGUCAGACAUGGGAGAAAAUUCCGGGGAAAUUCAAAAAGCUCUUUUCGGAGCUGGAGGCAGUUACAGAUCCCUCGCUCAACCACAAGGCCUACAGGGACUCCUUCAAGAAGAUGAAGGCGCCAAAGAUCCCCUUUCUUCCUCUGCUACUGAAAGACAUCACAUUCAUCCACGAGGGAAACAAGACGUUUCACGAUAAUCUGGUCAAUUUUGAAAAGCUGCACAUGAUCGCAGACGCAGUGCGGCUCAUUCGACAGUGUCAGAGAGAUCACAUGGGAAACGGCAUCACUCAGAAGAGCAGCCCUGAGGUGCGAGCCUACAUCGAUUACCUUCAUAUCAUCGACAAUCAGCAGACUCAGUUUGAACUGUCACACAGGCUGGAGCCUCGUGCUUAGACAGCAGCUCCCACUGUGCUUCUCAUCGCCACGGAAACAAUCCUCCCCCCUUCCGUCUCCUCUAUCUCUCAGGACUCAGUCAGAGGAGCACUGCGUGACCCUGACCGACCACAGGAGGGAGCUGCUCAAUCAGGAAUCUCUCACCAGAGACAGGAAGAUGAAGAAGACGCAUCUUAGGUUUGACUUGUGUAAACCUGCUGAGAACAUUCAACACAAGCAGCAGGUGUUGAUCCGUGUGUGUGUGUGUGUGUGAGCGUGUGUGUGUGUGUGUGUGUGUGUGUGUGUGUGUGUGUGUGUGUGUGUGUUUUGCUCUGCUGCUGCUCCUGCUUCUCUGUCCUACAGAGGAGUACUGGUCUGAAAAUAGCCCAACAGCGCCCCUCUGUGGUGAACCAGUGACCUGCACAAAGAAGUGUUGGCAGGUCAAGUCCCUCACAUCCUAUAAAAAGCAACAAAAAAUGAAUGUGGACAAAACGAGUUGGAUCAUUCUCGACCAAUCACCUGCCUUUUCAGAGCCUUUACAACAGACCACGUCACAGACACGAGUCUAACAGACACGUUGCAUCUUUAUGUUUCCACAGACUGUGUGAAUGAAUUUGGCGACAACAGAAAGUCACAAGAUUUAACCAAAGAGUAUUUCAGUCCUGUGCUGUGCACACACCUCUGUUUCCUCAGAGUGUCGUACAACCCAGAUGUUCCCCUCGGCCUGAAGCUGGACGUGCAGUCACCUCCCAAUCAGCACAGUGUUUGUAUUACAAGCUGACGUCUCGAGACUUAAGACACAGAGAAAAGUAUCAAACCAACACAUAUUAUUAUUAUUAAACAUUCUAUCAAACGUUUUCAUUAUUUAUUCAAACGGUUUCCUUUUGUUUGAGGUGCAGUGAAGUUGUUGAGCCUUUACACAGGUCAGAUAGUUCAGAUAGUUUGGUGUAUGAGUGUCUGUCAAAUGUGUGUGUGUUCUAAUCAUGUACAUUAGUGCCAAAUACCAUAAAAAUGCUCAUUCAAAAUAAAAAAUACCUGCUAAUCUUUUAGCGACAUUGUCGACAUUAGGAUCCAUGUAGUUGAGCUUUGGACAAUCAGUGAAAUUAAACAGCAGUGACAUCUUGUUUCUUUAUAUUGGCUUCAGAUUUAAACACAAUAUGGAUUUUUUCCUUGUUUCAAAGGUUCAGACGUGCAGGAAGUUUUGUUUUGAUCCGUUCAGGUUUCGCUUUUGCUUUUGGACUGAGGGGGUGCAGCGACAUGUGGGACAGCAGACACACAGCUUUGCCAACAGCAAACUGUCUAUGAUUGAAGAGCAAUAGCGAAAACAAAACUGCAGCACCUUCUGGAGAAAAUAUCGAAGCCAUUUGCUCGUGAACAAUGUGUUUUACUGUUUACACCUGGAGAGCUCGUAGUCAUAAGAUGGUGUUUAGUCUCUAAGUUGAUCAGUAGAAAUGUUCUUGCUCCAACAUGAGGUCAUUCUGAGGUGAAGAAUUGAGGUGUCAGUGAAAUUCUUCUUUAUUUUCUUUGUAUAUUUUUGCAUUUUAAAGCCGAUGGUGAACUUUAUCCUUAAUUACCAUUUUUAUCAUCAACAAUGUACAGUUCAUUUUAUUUAUACUGUAUAUAUUUAUAUACAUGU